AUUACAAGCGGUUCAGGUGUUUCAAUUUUGACUUCUAAUGUUAGCCACCCGAAAUCAAUUACGCUUAGAAACCUUACGCAUCGCUUUCUUGGCCUUGGUCCGUCAACUCUCCGAACGGCAAAAUCAAAGCAUUUCGAGCCCACAAUGGGAUAGUUUGGCGUACCGACAUUGGAAGCGAACUCGGUGGGGGUAAUAAUGGAGAUCUGUAAGCCCUUGUAUACUACCCGCAAGAAACGGUCUUCAUUAUCACCGCCAAAAAAGGCAUUUCAUGUUCGAGUCAUCAAACCGACAGUCGCCAAUCGAUCGUCUCCGAUAGCUUUCGACUACCGCUGGAGUGCGUUGGCGGUAUACAUUUGGCUGUGUUGUCUGAAACUUCAAGAUGAAAGGAUCAUGAGCUCGGCACCCGGCUGAAAAGUCGUGGGGAUACGGCCAACCGAUGUUUGGAUUUCAUAAAUGCAGGCACGCCCGAGUGAUGUGUCGAGUGGUCAAAAAUUUUGUUCGGGGGACGUAUUGGCAUGCUUUUACUAUAAGUCAAAGGCAGUAUGUAGCUAGAUCGCACCACACAGUCUGUGUAUGCUCCCAGAGCAGUAUGGAAGCUAACCAGAGAUACUACUUAGCAGUUUUUGCGGAAUCAGUUUGCUGCUUCGUCUAUCUUCCUGCGGCGUUCUUUGACCACAGCUUCCUUCUGAGCUCAAUGCUUGCAGCUAAACUUCUUUUAUCACAUCUUGUCAUUCCCUGGGUUGCUUGAGACCUGAGUCACCUGGAAAGUGCGGUGUAUCACUCUCCUGAUGGCUUGGACCACGUCCGGGUAUUCGAGCACGUAUAUUGACAAACUCCAAGAGCAGCAACCCCGCUACUGGGACAUCGAACGAAGUGUAACGUAGUGGGCUAAGUAGUGUUUUUUUGCAUGAAUGAGGACCAGAAUACAGUUAUAUGUCUGGAGGGUGGUGCAUCAGGGAUCCACCGCUCCAAGUUGACCGAGCCAGCACCAAUACGAAACGAGAGCUUUUGUGAUUCAAUACAUGAAUCCAGAGGCGUUGUGAGAUUACUGAGCACGAAAUGGGACGCGUUGUCCUCGAACAGGCCGAUGCGCAGUUGGUCGAAAAGGAUCUUUUUGUCAGUACUAUGGAUAUACACAAAAGGACCCAAACUGCUAGGUAUCAAUCUGGAAUAGUCAGAUCGGGAAGCCCCAACGCCGUGUCAAAUUUAGGAAGUUCGAGCGGAGCAGAGUGAGCACUACAACGGACCGAAUGGUUGCCAGGGCUGUGCUGUCGGCAGGUAGCCAUCCUUUAUGAUCAUAUUGUUUAUUCACUGUCAGCAGCUUGAUGUUUUGCAACGAGAUCUCGGCCGUAGCUACUUUUUGGACCAACUUAAGAUUUCAUACAAUUAAAACCUUCCACGAUUUUGCUUGAUUUAUCUACCUUCUGCAGCUUAAGCACGCUUGCAUCCUCCGGUUAGAAGCCAUAUCCCGCACGGAGGGCUAGUAGUUCGUUCAUCAAAGGACCCUACAGCUGGACGUGAUCCUAUAGCAUCAAGCUUUAAUCGCAACGGCGCUAAGAGCAAGUUGGGGCGUAACAGGCGGUGAUUGUGCACUAAAAUUGACGCGAUUAAGCUACCGGUUUCAUGCUAGAGCCAAUAGUCAUUCUUUAAGAUUCGCGGCGCUGUGAACAUGAGCAUGAGGUCGAAGGGAGCCAAUACUUUGGAUGCUUGCACUAGCUCUUUUGGGCUAUCAGAUAACACCUUCCAUCACUGAGCCACACGCUAGAUCAGUCUCUCUUUUUUUCAACUUGACUUCAGUCUGUUUGUCCGAUUUGUUCGCAAACGUGGUCGACUUCUUACGCUCAGCACGCAGUUAAUCACAUACGAAUGUGCCAAGUCGCUGACUUGGGAGCUGGUGGCGGUCAUCUAUUGGGUCGGCAUGAUGAAAUAUGCUAGAGAUGCCGGGCACGAAGCGUAGUACGCCUCUAUUCAUGUGUUCUUGGUGUUCCGCAACACCUUGCGCGACCCCGCGAAGUUGAAGUCG